CUGUUUCAGGCGAGUAAAACUGGAGAGGCUAGUAAAUCAGGCGAAGCACCGCAAGGCUCAAAAGAUGCUAAGAGCAGUGAUAGCAAAGACUCCAAGGAAAGUAAGGAAGAGAAGAAGUCUGAAGUGAAGAAAGAAGGGGGAAGCAAGGAAAAGGAAGGUAAAGAAGCGAUCAAAACGGACAGGACAAUGGCUAGUAAAGUGGAGGAGGUGAAGAAAGAGGGUGAAGCAAAACCAGAGGAUAAAGCAAAGGAAGGCGCUCCAAAAGGCGGUAAGUUGUGCGUAUUACGGACCACUGAAGCAUAG